UGUCUCCAGAAGACGAAGCCAGGUCCUGGGAAGUGCUAGCCUAAGCUCUGUUCGGUAAUCUUACAGAGAAGGCUUUCUGAGUAGGCUGACCUCUUAGAGAAGUGCAAGUUUCCGCUCCUCCGCAGGACAAUCGUCGCCAAAAUGCCUACCAUAACGGUGGACAAGGCUGCCCUGUUCCAGGCAUUGGGCCGCGAAUACACCACGGAGGAGUUCGACGAACUAUGUUUCGACUUCGGAAUCGAACUGGACGAAGAUACUUCGCUCAGCGAGAGGCCAGUUGUGAAUGGAAAGCAAGAACCGCCGCAACUGAAGAUUGAAAUCCCAGCCAAUCGGUAUGACAUGCUUUGCUUUGAAGGCAUUCAGCUCAUGCUCAACAUCUUCAACCGCAAAGUCGCCGCUCCGCAAUAUGUCCUGAAAGCUCCGCCGAACGGAGAGCUCCAGACUAUCACAGUUACCAAGGACACGGCAAGGAUACGACCGUACGUGUCGGGCGCGGUUCUGCGAAACAUCAAGUUCGACCAGGAGAGAUAUGAAUCCUUCAUCGACCUUCAAGACAAGCUGCACCAAAAUUUGGCCAGACAACGAACGCUUGUCUCAAUUGGAACGCACGACCUCGACACAAUCAAAGGUCCAUUUACCUACGAAGCACUCCCGCCUAAAGACAUCAAAUUCGUCCCGCUCAACCAGACCCAGGAAAUGAACGGGGAGGAGCUGAUGGCCUUCUACGACAAGGACAAGCACUUAGGUCGCUACCUUCACAUAAUCCGCGACUCGCCUGUCUAUCCUGUCAUUUACGACUCGAACCGGAACGUAUGCUCGCUGCCACCAAUCAUCAACGGCGAUCUGAGCAAGAUCACUCUCAACACCAAGAACGUCUUUAUCGAGGUCACGGCCACCGAUAAGACGAAACUAGAAACAGUCGUCAACAUCGUGGUCACCAUGUUCUCUCAAUAUACGUCAGAAAAAUUCACCGUGGAACCCAUCCAGAUUGUCUCCGAGCACAACGGCGAGUCGAGACAAGUGCCUGACCUGACGCCUCGGGCCACGCAAGCCGAGGUGGACUACAUCAACGCGUGCUGCGGUUUGUCACUGAGUCCUCAAGAGAUCUGCGAUCUCCUCACCCGCAUGUCAUACACUGCGCGACCAUCCAAAUCCGACCCGAACCUGAUUGACGUUGACGUACCGCCCACUCGGGCAGACGUGUUGCAUCAGGCUGAUAUCAUGGAGGAUGUGUGUAUUGCAUAUGGGUUCAACAGGCUUCCAAGAGCUUUCCCUAGAGUAAACGCCACCAUCGCCGCCCCGCUAGCCAUCAACAAGCUGUCAGAUAUCCUGCGGCUCGAGGCUGCCAUGGCCGGCUGGGCCGAAGUGUUACCGUUGAUCUUGUGCUCGCAUGACGAGAACUUCGGCUGGCUCAACCGCAAGGACGACGGCAAGACAGCCGUGAGACUGGCCAAUCCCAAAACCGCCGAGUAUCAAGUCGUGCGCACGACACUCCUUCCGGGUCUGCUGAAGACGAUCCGUGAGAACAAGCACCACUCGAUACCGAUUAAGAUCUUCGAGGUCAGUGAUGUUGCGUUCAAGGACGAGUCGCUGGAACGCAAGAGCCGAAACGAACGCCACUUUGGGGCCGCCUGGUACGGCAAGACGUCGGGCUUCGAGGUGGUGCAUGGCCUCCUGGACAGACUGAUGGCCAUGUUGAAGGCCGCGUUCAUCACGCAUGAAGAAGGAUUGGAAAUCAAGAACGGGAAGCCACAUGGAAUGGAAUAUUGGAUUCAGGAACUCGAUGACCCUACUUACUUCCCGGGCCAUGGCGCGAGCAUUCACGCCAGAAUUGCCGGCAAGGAUGUCCAGAUUGGCACUUUCGGCAUCUUGCAUCCUACUGUGCUCGAAAAAUUCGAGCUCAAGUAUCCUGUUAGUGCCUUGGAGUUCAAUGUGGAGGUCUUCUUGUGAGUUGCCAAAUUGGAACGGUUAGGCACAAUCAAAAAGACUCCAUUGAGAGGCUCGGCUGCAUCAGGAUACACAACAGACAGAAAAAAAGACCGAAAACGCGUAACUAAAUGCAUAUAGAACGUCUGAUCAGACGGUGGAGGUUCUAGCUAUCCUCGAUACAUCGGAAAGGUACGAAAGUCCAUCAUGGCAUUGUCUUCAGAAGCGUUUGAUCAUGUCUGUAUGCACCUUGCACCAGGGCUUUUAAGAUG